AUGACCAGUCGUCCUGACUACGUCUUGCCAUUGGAUCUGGAUGAGCCGAGACGAGAGGGCACGUGGAACGUGCGAACACUACUUGACAAUACAAGAGCAGAUAGACCCAGUCGACGGACAGCACUUGUGGCCAGGGAACUUGCCCGCUACAACAUCGACAUCGCUGCUCUCAGUGAAACGCGCCUACCCGGCGAGGGACAGCUUUCCGAGCUAGGAGGUGGCUACACGUUCUACUGGAGUGGCCGCAGUGAGAAGGAACGUAGGGAGGCAGGAGUCGGAUUUGCAAUAAAAACUGACCUUGUCUCUAAACUUGCUAGUCUACCCAGGGGCAUCAACGACCGCCUGAUGACUCUCAAACUUCCCCUCGGACAAAACAAGAAUGUAACAAUAAUAAGCGUGUAUGCACCCACAAUGACCAACCCACAGGAGACCAAAGACAAGUUCUAUGAGGAGCUUGACCACCUCAUCUCAUCCAUACCAAUAGCAGAGAAAGUCAUCAUUCUUGGCGACCUAAAUGCUAGAGUUGGAACAGACCAUCAAACAUGGAAUGGUAUUCUUGGGCACCACGGCGUGGGAAAAUGCAACAGUAAUGGAGUGCUCCUCUUGAAGAUGCACGGCCUUCUCAUCACUAAUACCUUCUACCGUCUGCCUAUGCGUAAAAGGACGUCUUGGAUGCAUCCUCGCUCAAAACAUUGGCACUUGAUCGAUUACGUGAUCACUAGAAAAAGGGACCGACAGGACAUUAAGGUCACAAAAGCAAUGUGCGGAGCAGAAUGCUGGACCGAUCACCGGCUCAUAGUGGCAAAGGUCAAACUACGGAUCCAACCCUAA